AUGUACUUCACUGAGUCACUCCAUCUUCAUGGUUCAAUCUCUCUGAAACCCUGAGUUCCUAGAGUUCCACCGCCAUGUGUGACUGCUUUUCCUCAACCCCACUACACUUUUCGGUCACCAAAUAUCGGAAAUUCGGGCUCACCAAAUCCAAUUGGAGGCCGCAGAACGAACCGAUUCCGUACAUCCACAUUCGAAACUUCCCAAGGCUAUCGAAAUCCCACUGCAGAAACCCCAACGAGGUGUCCGGGCCGGAGGAGGAGGAGUACGGGUCUUACGGCGAAUUGGGUUUCAAGGAGAAAGGGGAAAACAGCUCCGACGGGGAUGAAACGGCGUCUUCGGGUUUGAAUAUCCUUGAAUUGAAAGGUUCUUUGGCGGAUGGGAAGAAUAGUAAAAGGGGCGAGGAAAGUGUAGAACAGAGUGAAUUGGUUGAAGUUCGAAAGAUGGGGCUGAGAAAAGGGAGACAAAUGAUGCGGAGGUCGAAUAUAGUGGCCAAGCAAGUGAUCAGCAUUCGAAGCGCUUUAAGCUUGGGCUUCGUCUCGGAGCUUUGGGUGGACACCACAUCUUGGGUGGUUUUGUUUGUGCAAGUGAGGCCAAGUUUGCUUUCUGGAGAAUCAGAAAGUUUUCUUCUUGAGGACGUCAGCCAGGUUGGUGACGUUGUUCUCAUCCAGGAUGAGAGUGUUAUGGAGAAUGAGUUUAAAAUGGUUGGACUGGAAACCCUGGUAGGAUAUAAAGUUGUAACGCCAGGUUGCCGGAAUAUUGGGAAGGUGCGGGGGUAUAGCUUUAACAUUAAUUCAGGGGCCAUUGAAUCAUUGGAGCUUGAUUCAUUCGGAAUCUCCAUUAUUCCAUCAAGUUUGGUUAGUACCUAUGCUCUCUUUGUGGAGGAUGUGCUGGAAGUUAUACCUGAUGCAGUUGUCGUGCAUGAAGCUGCAGCCUCACGCAUACAGAGGUUAACAAAGGGUUUCUUGGGCACCCAAAAUGUGGGGACUUCCGUAGAUGAGCUUGGAGAAUAUGCAGACUUUGACAAACCUGCUGGAUCUGAAUACAGUCGAAGCAUAAGAAGAUAUGGCAACCAGAGAUUCCCACGAAGGAACAGUGAAACUGAGGAUGAUUGGGAGCUUCCAAUGGAUUACCUUUGAUCUUUAGGUUUUUUGCUGCCAACUCUCAUGUACAUAAUAGACACAUAUAGAUUAUUCUCACUGCUGUCAAUUCAUUCAUACAAUAAUAGUGUGAAGUGCUUUGGCAUUCAUGGGUCGAGAGCUGUUGGGCAUUCAAGUGUCCCAAGUUACCAUGUUUUGUUGGAUUCCUUUCAUGAGCUAAUAUUGUAUCAUAUAAUGGCAUUGCAAUACACGAGACAAUAGGGUAUUUUGGCUUGUUUAUGGUGAGGUGAUAGGUAUUUUGAUGUUCGACUCAUAGCAUCAUGCUUUAUGAAGAAAUUUCUGUUUUUGUAACU